ACGUCACGUGACGCGUCGGGAAGUCGGCGCGACGCUGACUCGGAGCAACCCGAAGGGAGGCAACAUGGAUAUGGAGAAGGCCUCUCCCGUCAAGGGGACCCCAGACGGAACCCCUGAAGGAGGACCCCCACUCGUGGCUGUGUGUCAGCUGACCAGCACGGACGAUGUGGACAAGAACGUGAGAGCGUGCGAGGCUCUGGUUUGUCGCGCAUCUGUGAGAGGCGCACGUGCCGUGUUUCUUCCCGAGGCGAGCGACUUCCUCUGUGGGAGUGGAUCACAAGCUUCAGGACUCACUCAGAGUCUGGACGGACCCAUCGUGCAGGCCUUCAGAGACAUGGCUAGGCGGCAUGGCGUGUGGCUGUCUGUGGGUGUGCAUGAGCGGGGCCCCACGUGGAGCGAGGAUGGUCGCGUUUACAACUCACACCUCCUGCUCGACGAGCAUGGAGAGGUGCGGGCCGUGUACCGGAAGACGCACCUGUUUGACGUGGACCUCCCUGGGGUUGUGCGACUAAAGGAAAGUGACUACACGCUGCCCGGACCCUGCAUCGCCCCACCAACAGCUACACCCAUCGGCAUGGUCGGGCUGGGGAUCUGCUAUGACGUUCGGUUCCCCGAGUUCUCCCAGCGACUGAGGCAGAGCGGAGCCGAAGUGCUGACCUACCCGUCCGCCUUCACUCUCACCACGGGUAUGGCACACUGGGAGCCACUCCUGCGAGCCCGUGCCAUUGAGACCCAGUGCUAUGUCGUGGCCGCUGCCCAAGCCGGGCGCCACGGCGCUCCCCGCGACAGUGCGCCCGCUCCACGGGUGUCGUUCGGCCACGGCAUCGUGGUUGACCCGUGGGGCUGCGUGGUGGCACAAUGCGGCCACGGCAACUCCUUGGCGCUGGCAGAGGUGGACACAGGCCUCGUGCGGAACGUGCGGACAUCCAUGCCUGUGCAUGAGCACAGACGCCACGACCUGUACUGAUGACUCAUCGCAGCGCACCUCACCACAAUGCUCCGCCGCCCCCUCAGGAGUGCGGCCCAGCCCCCCAGCGCGAGGUCGGGACCGGCGCGGUGGUGGUGGUGGCGGCUCGCGAGCUGUGGGAGGCUGCUUGCUUCAGCAAGAAGGCCAUCAAUUUGUAACUGAGACUAGGGAUUUAAUCGGCAUCUCCAGUGAUUGCUCAUGAUGGACUCGAUUACAGAUCCCACUGCUGCAUUGAGGAAUGUAACACAAUCUUGCAAAUUAUUUAUGGUGAUGUUAUAUUGAUGAUAACAGUUGUGAUGUUUAAUAAAAAUGAUUUAUCCAGUC